AUGUCAUCUCCUCAAAUUGGCUGGAUCGGGCUGGGGUCAAUGGGUCUUCCCAUGGCGACAAACCUCCAGAAACAUCUCAGCUCUAACGGAUCUUCAAAUCUGAUCUACUUCAAUCGCACCAUCUCUCGCGGUGAUUCACUAAACGACCUUGGCGCCCAACCAGUAUCAUCACCUGGCGACCUAGUUUCAAAAUGCGAUAUCAUCUUCUUUUCUCUCGCCGACGACUCCGCCCUGGACGCAACUCUCAACGCCAUCUCCUCUAGUCAAUUGACUGGAAAGAUUAUUGUUGAUACUUCGACAGUCCAUCCUGAUUCUUCAGCAGAAGCGGAGACCAAUAUCAAAAAUCAAGGAGGCCAGUUUAUUGCCUCGCCUGUAUUUGGGGCAAGUCCUGUUGCUGCGCAAGGGAAGCUACUUUGGAUCACUGCCGGGCCGAGUGGCGCCGUGGAGAAGAUACUGCCGUAUAUUGAAGGUGUUAUGGGGAGGGGCGUCAUUAGGGUCGGUGAGGAUGUUAGAGCAUCUGGCAAGAUGAAGACAGCUGGAAAUUUCAUCACGGCUGGCUUCAUGGAAAUCAUAGCAGAAGCACAUGUCCUAGCCGAAAAGUCCGGUCUAGGAAGCGAGAAUCUGGAGGCACUGAUCGAGCAACAAUACGGGGCUCUACCAUUCUCUAUGUCUCAACGACUUACUACGGGGGCGUACAUGCCAGCCAGAGGUGACCGACCAUGGUCUGAUCUCAACCUAGCAAUUAAAGACGUCGGUCAUGGAAUUGCUCUGGCGGAAGAGUCUGGAACAAAAUUGGAGGUUGCAGAAGUUGCCAUCAAGCAUCUUAAAGAUGCGAAGAGAUUUUCUGACGAUGAGGGAAGACCGCUUGAUUCGUCUUCUAUGUAUGGAAUAAUACGGAAAGAAGCCGGCUUGAACUUUGAGACCGAUUUGGUCAAAGAAAGAGAUGCGAAGUAA